AUGACUCCUGUGACUUUGAUUGCUUGCCCUUGGGACCCAGGCAACCGGCUGCAAGGAAGCACAAUCCACUCGAAGAUGAAGCACAAGCCACUGGGCGCAGGCGCGAGCCUGCAAGAUGGCCACGGCUGGAGCGGCCGUCUGGGGCGAGCGGUGUCCGCCCUGCUGCUCCGGAGCCCGCGCCUGCCUGCUCGGGAGCUGUCAGCUCCGGCCCGGCUCUAUCACAAGAAAGUUGUGGAUCAUUAUGAAAAUCCUAGAAAUGUAGGGUCCCUUGACAAGACUUCAAAAAAUGGUGGAACUGGAUUGGUGGGUGCUCCAGCGUGUGGUGAUGUCAUGAAAUUACAGAUUCAAGUGGAUGAAAAGGGGAAGAUUGUGGGCAGGUUUAAGACAUUUGGCUGUGGCUCUGCGAUCGCCUCCAGCUCGCUGGCUACUGACUGGGUGAAAGGGAAGACAGUGGAAGAGGCCUUGACCAUCAAAAACACAGACAUCACCAAGGAGCUAUGCCUUCCCCCCGUGAAACUGCACUGCACCAUGCUGGCAGAAGAUGCAAUCAAGUCUGCACUCGCCGAUUACAAACUGAAACAAGACCCCAAGAGAGGAGAGGCAGAGAAGUCAGCCCUCACGGCAGCUCCAGAGGCGCCUCAGCUGCUCACGCCACUGCGUGCGCACCUGAAGAUGUCAGAAGCCUCCCACAUCCCAGGGAAGCCCUGCGAGGUCCGCACAGUAUUUGCCAUUCACAUUGUGACUGAUGAAAGCAAAAUACACCCUUUAAUUGUCCUGAGCCCUGUGAUUUCUUUCAGCUCAAUUUUGUUGCCUUAA